GUGAAGGGAGGAGCCGCUAGAAGAGGGGAAACAAAUCCCACCAACAUAUAUUUAUAUACACCCCGCCGUAUAUCUCCAUCUCUAACUCUCUCAACAGAAAACAUCAACCAAAUGCUGCUUCUUCUUAUUGUAUAGAGAAGAUCUUGCAGCAGAAGGAAGUUGUAUUGCGUUUCUCUCAAUUUUCCUGAAAAAGAAAACUGUUUUCUUCGUAAAGCUCAAUCUUUCCCAUCUAAUUCUUGGUAUUUUCUGCUUCAGAAGAUUACCCCUCUCCUGUAAUCACAUCUCCACCUUUCUCCUUGAUUACUGAGUGUUUUUUUGCAUUCCAUUGAAAUAACGCCUGAUCUUACUUUGUAUCCUCAACCGCAGUUUUCUUUAGAGUCUUCGAAGUUAUUUCCGUAGAUCUAUAUAUUGGAAAGGGGUACUUAAUUAUCUAUGGAUAAGUUACAGUGGGGCAAUCGGAAAAGAUUGAGAUGCAUGAAGGUGAAAGAAUCGGCUUCAAACGGAAAAUCAGAUGGCGGUGGGAGUGCGGUGAAGAGGAAAAUCACAUCUAGAGUUAUAGAAGCUAAUGCUGUUUCUUCUCCCUCUCGUGUUAACAGGGAGGUGGGGAUGAACAAAUCUAGUGGAAAUGAGAAUAAGAAGGCAACAACGUCAUCGCCUGAGAAAGAAGACAGGUAUUACACAACAAGAGGAUCAGUGGGGUUGGAUGAGCACAACAAGUUGUUUUUGGACUCAAGGGAAGAGAAGAAGAAGGUUGUUUGGCCAAGACUGUUAGUGACCUUAUCUAGUAAAGAAAAGGAAGAAGAUUUUAUGGCCAUGAAAGGAUGUAAACUUCCGCAGAGGCCUAAGAAGAGGGCCAAGCUGAUUCAAAGAACCAUUCUUUUGGUGACUCCAGGUACAUGGUUGUCAGAUUUGUGCCAGGAGAGGUAUGAAGUGAGGGAGAAGAAGACUUCUAAGAAGAAGCCAAGAGGGUUAAAGGCAAUGGGAAGCAUGGAAAGUGACUCAGACUGAAAUCUGUGAAAAGAAACGAUAAGUUGCAGAGAUGGGCAGAGAGGGAUAUAUAUGGAUCUGAGAUCCUCUUUUUGGGCAAAUCUAGAGGGUUGAAGGAGCAGAAAUAGUUAGUAUUUCCUAAGCUCUUCAUUCUCCUUUGGGAGUUUUCUACUUCUAUUCACGCUAAUGUUAAUAUUGGUUUGAAGAUUCUCUCAUUUCUAGUGCCUUCGUUUUAAUUUUCUUUAUUUAAUAUUGACUCGAUGUUAUGUCAUGUUUAAAAUUCGCAGCAUUAUGGCUCUAC